UUCUGGUUGCUAGUUAUUUUCAUCCUUCAUUUAUUUUCAUCCUUGAACUUUAAAGUCUAUACAGAAAGGCAGAUGUCUUGCCUGGAGCAUGAGUUGCUGCAAGGGUAUGGAAGACAAUGGCCAAGAACAAACUAAGAGGGCAGAAGUCCAGGAAUGUAUUCCAUAUAGCCAGGCAAAAGAACUGUAAGACGAAAAACAAAGCAAAACCAGUUCCCACCAAUCUUAUGAAGAUUAACAUUGUGAGUGAUGAAAAAGUUAACAGUGAAUAAAGCUUUUGUAGAUAUACAAAAGAAACUUCCACAUUUCUCAAAAGGCCUUUCCCCUGAACCUCUGCAGAAACAGCUGAUUCCUCAGCAGUGACAUGAAAAUGAACCAAUUAGGGACACCUGGGUGGCUCAGUCAGUUGGGCAUCUGACUUUGGCUCCGGUCAUGCUCUUGUGGUUCAUGGGUUCGAGUUCCGCCUGGGGCUGUCUGCUCUCAGAGCACUUCGGAUCCUCUGUCCACCUUUCU